GGUUACGUCAAGACACUGUAGUAGACUUGGCUUUUCAUAUCUUGCAAGCAGAUUCAAACAAUGAGGUUGCUCUGCUGUUUUUUCCUUAACCUUCUAUGGGUUACCCUUGUGCAAGCUGUCAAUGGCAAAAUCAAACCGCCGGAAUAUUGUGCAAAGCGGGCGGAUCCUGGGACAUGCGCAGCAGUCUAUCCCGCCUGGUAUUUUGACUAUAAACGUGGCGUUUGUAAGCUGUUCUUCUUUAGUGGUUGCGGAGGAAACCGCAACCGCUUCAACACGGAGGUAGAGUGCCAGGGGACCUGCCUGCCUUCCAAAACACCCGCAAGCCUUUGCAGUCUUCUUCCCAAACCUGUGCCGUGCAAGAGUCUGUUGAGUUUGUGGACCUUCGAUCCCAGAAAAAACACAUGCCAGCACUUUGGUCGUGGUUAUUGCGGAGGGAAUGCGAACAAGUUUGCAUCAUGCGUCAAGUGUAUGAGCAGAUGCAGCAUUAUUCAUGCAGAAGAGGCCUGCCGCUUGAUCCACGAGAAGAUGAAAGAGAUGAAAAAACACCCGCCAAGAAGACCAGAAUAAGGAACUCUUUCGAACAGCUUGUUGGAGUUAUUGGUCAAAGUUACACUGGAAACCUAACUCUUCUGUAUGCUAUGAUUAGACAUUUGCUCGCUGCAUAAGAUGGUAGGGCAUUCGCUCGCUGAAUUAACUCGUGGUUAACCCCCUCCCCCCCCCCCCCCCCCACCAACGCUCCGAAACUUUACGUGAGCGUUGUCUACGAAAGCUGAAGAUAUCCGCCCUCUGAGUCAGUAUGGGGAGGAAGUUAUCAACUUUUGCAGUAGAUAAAUUCAGGCACUUUUAAAUAGACAGCUGGCUGGAUUAGAGUGAAAACAUGGACAUGAACGAUUCAUAAGAGGGCGUGCCAUCUUCUGGCUUGUAUAUACAUGCCAUCCCCUUAUGGAAAACGUCAUGGUAGGUUGCGUAAUUCUGGUUUAAUUGGAGGCACAGCUAAUCCACAAGGUCACCAAUAUUGCCAUCUGUGUACUAUCAGAACACUUAGUGCUUAUGAAUAAACGCAUCCAGCUACAGCACUUUUGUUACAAUAAAGCGCUGCGAAGCCAUAUGCAAGCAUUGAACUCCUCCUUUGCCCCUCUACAAAGGCAACAUAUGUAAUAUGGAAAGAGAUAUAUGUCAAUGUAAACAUUGUUGACCAAGUCCUCAAGAAUUCCGCAUGCUCUGAGUUAUAUUACUGGUCCGCAAUGCCGACAUUUACUGCUAGUAUAUUCGCUGAUCGCUUUAUUUAAAUGUUGCGUUAGGCGAUCAGUCUGUUUUAGGUAUUUAUAAUAGCUCUGCAAAUCAGGUGAAUUUCCAUUCACACAUUUCCGGUGGCACAGGUUCACCACGCGCGUACAUUCCUUGCGGGUCCUUGUUAAGAUAUUCGUUUUGUCAGCCAUAAUCACACCGCUUUUUGUCGACGUCUGUUUAUGUUCUGCUGUACAUCGCCGGUAUAAUUUAGCAAAUUAGUGGGUUUUGUAGCUUUAUUUUACGGCAGCCUUUCUCUACUGCACCGUAAACGCUCUUGCUCUGCAUGCAAUGAUGCACGUGCAAGCUCCUCCAAUUAAUAUGUCCUGUCCGUUUCUCAAAAUAAACGCAUCUAUCCGCUCAUAAGCACGA